CCCGGCCCCGCCGCGCUCCCCCCCCAGCCCCCCGUCCACGCCGACGUCGCACACAAGCUCGCAGCCGCCAAGGCCCGUAUAGAAGCCCUCAAUGCCCGGGCCGCAAAUCCCUACCUCUCCGGCGCCCCAGCCCCUGCGCCAGCGCCGGCCGCCCCCCAGCCGGGCGUCACCUCCAUCGCGCUCCACCCCCUGCUCAUGGGCGGCGAUGCUCAGCAGCCCGCCGCCCAGGCAGACAGGAACGAAAAGCGGGCCAUGCGCGACCGCUACAAGACGAUGGCGCCCAAGUUCACGUCCGUGAGGGCCAACGCCAGCGCGGCCGCAUCCCAGGCGCCGUCCCGGGCCUCGCCUGCCGUCACCGCGGCGCCGGUGCUCAACCCGUAUGCGUCCGCGUCGGCCGCCAACUCGCCUGCGCCAGACGAGGAGAGAGCGCCCACGCGCAAGUCCAAAAAGCUCCAGUUCAGCAGGGCGGGUAAAUAUGUCGAGCAGGGCGAGCAGCUGAGGAACGAACAAAAGAUGGAGGCUCUGCGGCAGAGGAUCGCAGAGGCCAGCCGGAAGGCUGGUCUCGACAGCGAAUUCGAUACCCUCGAAAGGAGUCUCAAGCGACAACCUCCGCCGGCCGUCGAAUGGUGGGACGAAGCCAUUCUUCCCAAGGGCGUCACGUACGAAGACGACCUCGAGUCUGCCUACAACAACCUGUCCACCUCGUCCGACUCUCUCAUCACCCACCUCGUUCUUCAUCCUAUCCCUAUCCCCGCCCCCAUGGACCGCAGACAACCCGAGCGCGGUCUUAUGCUCACCAAAAAAGAGCAAAAGAAGAUGCGGCGACAGCGACGCCAGGCUGAGCUUGAAGACAAGCGCGACCGUCAAAAGAUGGGUUUGCUGCCGCCCGACCCGCCCAAGGUCAGGCUCGCUAACCUGAUGAAGGUGCUGACCUCGGACGCCGUCCAAGAUCCGACAAAGGUGGAGGCCAAGGUCAGGAAGGAAGUCGCGAUGAGGGCGUACAAACAUGAAAAGGAUAAUCAAGAGCGAAAGCUGACUGCGGAAGAGAGAAAGGAAAAGGAGUAUAGUCAAAUGGUCGCCAGAGAGAGGAAUGGUAUCCGCGGUGCCGUCUUCAAGAUCAAGUAUCUGACCAACGGCCGACACAAAUUCAAAGUCCGCGAAACCGCCAAAGCCGAUCUCCUUUCCGGUAUCUGCAUCUUCCAUCCCUCCUUUGCCCUCGUCAUGGUAGAGGGAGUCGAAAAGUCCAUCAAACAUUUCAAGCGUCUCAUGCUCUCACGUAUCGACUGGACCGAACAAGCGCGGCCCAUGGCUGACGGUGACGGCGGCGAGGACGCGCCAGGUUCGGACGAAGACAUGGACGGCCGCACGAACAGCAAGGAGGGCGAACAAGACUUGGCAGAUAACAAGUGUGAACUCAUUUGGGAAGGCGAGCUGCCCGAGCGCGUGUUUAAAAUGUUUAGAGCGAGGCAUGUCGAGACGGAUAGCAAGGCGAAAGAGUGGUUGACGCCGAGGUUUGAAGCCAUGUGGGAUUUGGCCAAAAGGUGGCAGUGGGCAGGGGAGGACCUCUAGGUUUCGGUAUACUUUAUUGGCGAGAGGAUGGAGGGUAUCAUAAAUGCAUGGAUUAUAACAUGG